AUUUUCUGCUAAUCUUUAGAUCAAAAAUCAACAAAAACAUCAACAAAGGUGAACACAUAGGAAGGAGGAAAAAUCAGAGAAACAAUUAAUGUAUAUUUCCUGUUAUUCAACAAGUUAAAUUGAUUUGAACCAGAAAAGAAAACACCAUUGGAAAUAAAUUACCUUUGAUAGUUGGACAUCAGCUGAUGAAAAAAAAAUCAGAAUUGAACAAAAUUAUCCUUUGCCAUUUUUGAUUACGGAAGUUUGGUUGAGUGAUCCUUUUAUGUAUAUUCAUAUUUAGCAUCAUUGUUACCUGUUGUUGCUGUUAUUGUUGAUUUUUGUUACUCAACUUGAAGCUCAUCAUGAUUCUGGAAGCAAUUAUAUAGUCAAUUCAUCACCAUCAUCAUUAUAUUGUAAUAAUUUAAUUCAUUCAAUAUUUUCUGUUUCGCAUUUAACAACAUGGUUCGUUGAUUGUCCUUGCGUAUCUUUCGGUGUUGGUUAUUGGGUGAGAACAGAAAAAAAGUUUGUAAAAGAGAAGCAGAGACGAGAGAGAGAGAGAGAGAAUCUUUUGUGUGUCAUCAAUUUGAUCACAAUUAAAGGAAGAUAAAAGGAAGAAGAAGACAAUCAAGUCCAGCCCUUGGAAAGAGAUGAAAAAAAUUCAAUCAAAUGAUGAUAUUCAUUUGGAGAGAUUUCUGUCUUUCAUCAGCAACAAUCAACUUUUACUUUUCUAAAUUGUAACCAUAAUGUCACCAAAAUUGUCGCCAUCUUAAUUUACUCAAUAUUCAUUGAUAAUAUGAGUUAAUUUUUUUUGUUUCAAUCAAAUGAUUUGGUUCAUUUUCAUAUUGUAAUUAAGAGUUACCUUUAAGACCAUGAGAUUGGAUUCAUUUAAAUGUCCUUUUCAUAUUAAUUCAUCUUCUUUUUCUGAUCACCUAAAGGAUCAAUUACAAUCUAAAUUGUUUCUACUUUUUCUAAUUGUGUUAAUUGUUCUCACAUGGCUGGUCCCCUGUUCUCGGAAUCAAUCGUUCUACCCACAGGUGACCCUCACUCAGGGAAUUCUAAGAGGUCGACCCAUGAGAACGGAAGAUGAUAAAGAGUUUUUCGGUUUUCUUGGAAUUCCUUAUGCUAAACCUCCGAUUGGACCGUUAAGGUUCAAGCAACCAGUUCCACACUCUGGUUGGUCUGGAUUAGCCGAUGCUUGGACCUACAAGGAAGGAUGCCCUCAGUGGGAUUCUCGUGGUGUCGAUAUCGGAAAUGAAGAUUGUCUUUACCUUAAUGUUUACACUCCGAGUGUUGAGAAAACACCAUUUAAUAAUUUUCUCUAUCCUGUGAUGGUUUUCAUUGGCGCUGGAACUUUCGAAACGGGAGACAGUGCACUUUAUGGACCACAGAAAAUUAUGGACAAGGGAAUUGUUUUGGUCACUUUUAAUCAUCGAAUUGGAUUAUUAGGUUUCAUGAGUUCAGAUGACGAAAGUGCUCCAGGCAAUUGGGGAUUAUAUGAUCAAUUGCUUGUUCUCCAAUGGAUUAAGAAUAACAUUGAAAGUUUCGCUGGUGAUCCAAAUAGUGUCACCAUUUUCGGACAAGGGGCUGGAGCUGCUUCUGUUUUCUUUCACCUUUUAUCACCUUUAUCGAAAGGUUUAUUUCACAAAGCGAUAAUGGAAAGUGGUUCUGGUCUUUGUGAUUGGGCAUUACAAUCAGAUCCAUGGGAUUAUGCAGUUCAAAUUGGUCAAAGAUUAAGAUGUCCAGUUGCUCCUCGUGAAACAUUAGUCGACUGUCUAAGAGUUGUACCAACACUUGAUUUACUUCGUGCUCAAAAUAACGGUAAAAUUCUAGGUGAAUAUCCAAUCAAACCAGUACCCGUAGUGGAAAAGGGAACCACUAAUCGUUUCUUACCUCAAGAUCCAUGGCAAUUGUUAACCAGCGGAAUAAUCAAUAGAGUUCCAACUUUGAUUGGUUAUAAUACUCAAGAAACACUUUUCUUUUAUCCAGUUAUCGAACGUUUUAGGGAGGAAAGUGGAAAAUCUCAUGAGAAAUUAACUUCACAAUUUCUUGAUUGCUGUACACCAUUUAAAGGAAGAUCAAAAGAUCGAGUCUCACCAUUAAUAUACUAUGAAUAUUUCAAUAAAAUGGAUCCAUUCAAUUUAACUCAAGUAGCCACGAGAUUUAUAAACUUGACCACCGAUGCUUUAUUCAUCAGCUGUAUCGAUGAAACUAUUCGUUUCUUACGAGAAUUAAACUUACCCGUUUAUCUUUACAAGUUUGAUUAUCGAGGACAAAACAGUAUGGUUGAGUUAAUCAUCUCGAAAGCUUUACUACCAAUGGACACUGGUCCUUCUCAUGGCGAUGAACUACUCUAUCUUUUUGACAUGAAAUUAGGAACUCGUCGAAAUCAACCUUUCCGGGAUAAGAAAGUUUCUCAGAGAAUCACCUCUCUAUGGACAGAUUUUGCCAAGUUCGGUUACGCUCCUCGAAUGGUGACCCAAGAGUAUCCUCGUUGGGAUAAAUUUGAUAUUAACAAUCCAAGAGCAUUGAUUAUCGGUGAAUCGAUGGGAAAUAUUAGUUUUCUCAAGACAAAAGAAGCAGAAUUUUGGUCGAAAAAUUUGAAAAACUUAUCCGGAAUUAAUCCUCACGUCUUAGCUCGUAUUCGUCAAGCUCGUCCCUUGUAUAAAACUCUUGCUUGGACCAUGAUUGGUGUUAGUCUUUCGCUUCUGAUUAUGGUCAUCUUAUUGUUAUCGAUACUAUUUUACCAAAGGAAAACGGCCAAUUUCAGAGCGGCAUUAGAGAAUGAACCUGAUAUAAGUAAAACCAUUUGGAAUGACUAUUUUGGACGGAAUCGAUUCCUACCACGAAGCAAUCCAACGAUAUCUUCAAUGUUCAUCAGUUCCCCGAUUGUCUUUAAUACUCCAAAUCACUUUGAUUCAAUUCCCGAAUCGUCAUCAGUUGGAUCAAGUGGUGAUCUUGACAAAUAAUUAAGGUGUUGAACGAAUUAAAUUGUCCAAAACUGUACAUUAUAUGAUCAAUUUACAAUAAAAUUCAAAUCACUUUUUAUAUAUAUGAUAUAAAAUUACA